GAGGAGAAACUGAAGCGGCCGCUCUCACACAUGCAGGUGUGGGAGAUCGCCCAUACGCGGAAGGACCCCAAGCCUGGCGAGCCCAAGUACUACGGCAAGAAGACCGCGGGGAGGAAGAAGGCCUACUCUGAAGGGUAUCUGGCGUUACAUCCUGACACACCUGACCCCAUUGCGGCGGAUCUGGACGAAAGGGUGGUGGUGGGCAUGGGGCCGAAGGAGCACGCUCCGUCGGAUCGACCGACCCUGAGCCAGCGCACGAGCACGCGCAUGAGCAGUGCACCGUCACUGUCCCUCUUUCAGGAGCAGCAAACUGCCUACAUGGAGUACACACGCCAGGAGACCAUGGCGUGGCACGACCGCCUUCAUGCAUACCAUCAGCAGAGGGAUCGCGAGAUGCAGCACGCUUUUCAGGAAAUGGCGGCCGGCAGGUGUCCUCAAUGGCCAUCAGCAGAGGGUCCUCCAGCACAACCAGUGCUGCUGACCUUUGAGGAGUUUGUGGCACAGAACGCUGGCCCCUCGCCGGGAACAG